AUGGCUCCUACACUCAUUCUCAUACGUCACGCUCAGGCGGAGCACAAUGUUUCCAAUAACAUUCCCGACCCCGAGCUGACGCCACUCGGCAAGGAGCAAGCCGCUGCGCUCUCUGCGCACCUGCAGAAACGCCUGCCGGGCUCUCUCGACCCUGAACUCAUCGUCGUCAGCCCUUUCCGGCGGUGCCUGCAGACGGCCACUAUUGCCUUUGACUGGUUGAUCGACGCAGAAUCCGGCAAGUCAAAGGUUCCCAUGGUGGCCAACGCCAGCUGGCAAGAAAACGCAGACAAACCCUGCGACACGGGAACGGACCCGACCCUCGUGGCCCCAAAUUUCCCCCACAUAGACUUUAGCGCCCUGGACCCCGUGUACCCGGACAAGACGUCUCCCGAGGCGUCGCUUUACCACUACACGCGCGAGGCCCUGCUCGCCCGCGCCCAGUCCUGCCUGCGCGAGCUGCGCUCUCGGCCCGAGCGCGUCAUCGCCGUCGUCUCGCACUCGGCCUUUAUGCGCCAGGCCGUCACGGGCUGCUGGUACAUGAAUGCCGACUACCGCAUCUUUGACUUUGCCGAUGCGGGCGAGGACGAGUCGGCUCCUUUGAGGCUGGUCCAGUGGGAUGAGACCAAGGGAGGUGGCAUGGGCCUGAGCUUGGAGGUCGGGGUCGCGCUGGGCGAGGGCCUGCCCGAGACCUUGAGCGAUGCCGUGCCCGCGGAGGAUAAGAAGCUGCCCGAGUGA